CUGCUUGCACGACUCGAGGGCAGAAGUUCUCUGAAGAAUCUUGAACCAUACCUGUUUGCUGAGGAAGGAUCUCCUGUUCAUGGGGAUGUCAUUGAAUUCCACGGUGCAGAAGGAACAGGAAAAACAGAAAUGCUGUAUCACCUGGUAGCCCGCUGCAUCAUGCCCAGGCCGGGGGGGGGGCUGGGGGUGGAGGUCCUGUUCAUUGACACGGAUUACCACUUUGACUUGCUGCGUCUCGUCACCAUUCUUGAGAGCAGACUGGCACAGAGGACGGAAGAAGUGAUAAAGCAGUGCCUGGGAAGGCUUUUCCUUGUGAACUGCAGCAGCAGCACACAGUUACUCCUCACUCUCUACUCUUUAGAAAGCAUGUUUUGCUCUCACCCCUCUCUCUGCCUUUUGAUUUUAGAUAGCAUAUCAGCUUUUUACUGGAUAGACAGAAGCAAUGGAGGGGAGAGUCUUAACUUGCAGGAGCAGAAUCUGAAGAAAUGUGCUAACUUGCUUGAAAAGCUUGUGAGAGAGCAUCACUUGGCCCUCUUUGCAACCACCCAGACGCUUAUGCAGAAAUCUACAAACUCUGCAGAAAGCUCUUUUCCUUUAAAACUUCACCAUGAAGCUGAUACAGACUACAGACCUUAUCUUUGUAAAUCAUGGCAACAAAUGGUAACCCACAGGAUAUUUUUCUCCAAGCAGUGUAAUUCUGGCAACAGCAAAAGUUUCACAGUCGUUUCUUGCCACCUCAAAAGAAACCACAUAGUAAAACGCUCGUUUAGUGUGGCGGAAUGCGGAGUUCAGUUUUAA